AUGUCGCGCAAGGCAGUAGACCAGCGGAUCCCGAGUCUCAUUAGCAAUGGGUACCAAGAGAAGAAGCGCAGCUUCUUCGUGGUGGUCGGUGACCACUCCAAGGAUGUCGUUGUUAACCUCCACUACUUGAUGGCUAGAAACAUCAAGCAGAACAAGUCCGUCUUGUGGGCGUACAAGACCAAGCUCUUGGGCUUCACGAGUCACCGAAAGAAGCGCGAGAACAAGAUCAAGAAGGAAAUCAAGCGCGGCACCCGCGAAGCCAACGAGUCCGACCCCUUCGAGCUCUUCGUGUCCCUCCACAACAUCCGCUAUGUCUACUACAAGGAGACGGAAAAGGUCCUCGGACAGACGUUCGGCAUGUGCAUCCUCCAAGACUUUGAGGCUAUGACGCCAAACAUUCUCGCGAGGACAAUCGAGACGGUCGAGGGUGGUGGCCUGGUGGUCCUCCUACUCAAGGGCAUGUCCUCGCUCAAGCAGCUCUACACAAUGUCCAUGGACAUCCACUCGCGCUACCGCACCGAGGCGCACGACGACGUCGUCGCCCGCUUCAACGAGCGCUUCAUCCUCUCGCUGGGCGGCUGCGACUCGUGCCUCGUCAUCGACGACGAGAUGAACGUCCUGCCCAUCUCGGGCGGCAAGGGCGUCGUGAAGCUCCCGCCCACCGACAAGGACCUCAACAAGACCGAGGCCGAACAGGAGCUCGAGGACAUGAAGGAGUCGUUGCAAGAUACCCAACCAGUCGGCUCCCUGGUUACCCUCGCCAAGACGACCGACCAGGCCAAGGCGCUGCUGACGUUUGUCGACGCUAUUGCCGAGAAGACGCUGCGGAGCACCGUGACGUUGACGGCCGCCAGAGGUCGCGGAAAGUCGGCGGCCAUGGGUGUCGCCGUCGCGGCUGCGGUCGCGCACGGGUACAGCAACAUCUUCAUCACCUCCCCGUCCCCGGAGAACUUGAAGACGCUGUUCGAGUUCGUCUUCAAGGGUUUCGAUGCGCUCGGAUACGCCGAUCACGCAGACUACUCCAUCAUCCAGUCCACGAACCCCGAUUUCAAUAAGGCCAUUGUUAGAGUCAACAUCCACCGGGCGCAUCGCCAGACGAUUCAGUACAUCAGACCCCAAGAUGCUCACGUUCUCGGUCAGGCUGAGUUGGUUGUCAUCGAUGAGGCCGCCGCCAUUCCCCUGCCUUUGGUGCGCAAGCUCAUGGGUCCCUACUUGGUCUUCAUGGCGUCUACCAUCAACGGUUACGAGGGUACCGGUCGUUCGCUGUCGCUGAAGCUGAUUAAGCAGUUGAGGGAGCAGUCAAGACCUGGAGCCAAGACUGGUGAGGACACAGAGGUUGCCGACAGGACAACGGGCAGAGCCUCCAAGGAUCAGGGCUCGAGCCAGUCCAGCCGAUCCCUUCGCGAGAUCACCCUGUCUGAACCCAUCAGAUAUGCCCAAGGCGACUCGGUCGAGAAGUGGCUGAACAAGCUUCUCUGCCUAGAUGCCACCCUCCCUAAGGCCAAGGCCAGCGCUCAGGGGUGCCCCGACCCUUCGCAGUGCGAGCUGCUCAAGGUCAACAGAGAUACCCUCUUCUCCUUCCACCCCAUCCCCGAGAAGUUCCUGCAGCAGAUGGUCGCCCUUUAUGUUGCCAGUCACUACAAGAACUCUCCCGAUGAUCUCCAGCUGAUGAGUGACGCCCCCGCUCACGAGCUCUACGUCCUCAUCGCCCCUACAUCAGACGGCAAGCUGCCCGAGCCCCUGUGUGUGAUCCAGGUCGCACUGGAAGGAAAGAUUAGCAGACAAAGUGUCAUCAACCAGUUGAGCAGAGGCCAGCGCCCUUCCGGUGACUUGAUCCCCUGGCUCGUGAGCCAGCAGUACCAGGACGACGAGUUCGCCUCCCUCUCCGGCGCCCGCGUCGUAAGGAUAGCGACGAACCCGGAGUACGUGUCCAUGGGAUACGGCACCAAGGCCCUGCAGCUCCUGACCGACUUUUACGAGCAAAAGUUCACCAACCUGUCCGAGGAUGCCGAUCUCGCCAUGGAGGAGACCCUGCCGAGAGUUACGGAUGCGGAGCUAUCAAAUACCUCUUUGCUGGCUGACGACGUCCACAUCAGAGAUAUCAAGAAGCUGCCGCCGCUGUUUGCGAGAUUCUCUGAGAUCAGGCCCGCCGCCCUGGAUUACGUCGGUGUCAGUUACGGCUUGACGCAGCCGCUCCAUAAGUUCUGGAAGCGCGCUUCCUUUGCGCCCGUCUACCUGCGACAGACGGCCAACGACUUGACGGGCGAGCACACGUGUGUCAUGAUCCGGCCUCUGGAGAACACCGGCGCCGACCGAUCAUGGCUCGGUGCCUUCUCACGAGACUUCCAGCGUCGUUUCCAGUCGCUGCUGUCUUAUCAGUUCAGGGAGUUCCAGUCGGUCGUUGCGCUCAGCAUCGACGAGUCCGCCAGCAUUGGCGCCAAGCUCGACGGCACUGAGCCCACGGCCCUGACAAAGGUGGAGCUUGACAGGUUCCUGACGCCAUUCGACUUGAAGCGUCUUGAGUCGUACGCCAAUAAUAUGCUGGACUACCACGUCAUCCUCGAUCUCGUUCCCACGCUCGCUGGCCUGUACUUCACCGGCAAGCUCAAGGGCGACAUCAAGUUGACUGGUGUCCAGCAGGCCAUCCUGCUCGCCAUCGGUCUGCAGAGGAAGGAUAUGGACGUCAUCUCCACUGAGCUGUCCCUGCCGUCGUCGCAGCUGUUGGCCAUGUUCAUCAAGAUUCUCCGCAAGAUCACAACGCACUUUGGAUCCCUAGUCAACGCCGCCGUUGAGGCUGAGCUGCCUAGCAAUAACACCAUUGGUGUCAGCCGGGAGAAUGCUUCUGGGGUACAUGAUGAUGAGGUCGUCGACAAGAAGUUCGUUCCCCUCGAGACGUCUCUCGAGGACGAGCUUGAAGAGGGAGGCGAUGAGGCUCUGGCUAAGCUUCGCAGGAAGCAGCGCGAGCUCAUCGACUCCCUGCCGCUUGACCAGUACGAGGUUGAUGGUGAUGCCCCCGCCUGGGCCGAAGCUGAGCAGGCCGUCAAGGACGGCAAGACUGGCGUGGUCAGCGUGAAGUCGGCCAAGUCGAAGCGCAAGGCCGGCCCGACGGCAGCCGAGAUUUACGACGAGGCUCUCGGGGAGAAGAAGCACAAGAAGGCGAAGAAGUCCAAGAAGGACAGGGACUAA